AUGGGAGCUGAACAUCUUGAGAAAACUAGUGUAAAAAAACACAUGAUGAUAAGCAAGAAGGCGUUAUCUUCUUCCAUCGUUAAUUACGUGCUUGGAGAGCAGCGACUCAUCUGUUUAUUCAUCGGAAUCAUUGUUUCAGUUUCCGCACUCAGUAUCAUUAAUCUCUCCCCGCGUACUAUCAUCAGUGCUUCUGUUUCCCUUGAUCAUGUAUCAUCAACUCCUAUUCCUCGAAGAAUAACGUAUGAGUUGGUUGAUCAUGAUCAAUCUAACCGCAAUGUUAAUGCAGGUGGAAAGGUGCCGUUGGGAUUGAAGAGGAAGAAUUUGAGAGUAUUGGUAACAGGUGGAGCAGGGUUUGUGGGGAGCCAUUUGGUGGAUAGGUUGAUAGAGAGAGGGGAUAGUGUGAUUGUCGUUGAUAAUUUUUUUACUGAUAGAGAUCACAAAACAAAUGUGAUGGGAACAUUGAACAUGUUGGGGCUGGCAAAAAGAGUAGGAGCUAGAUUUCUGAUAACUAGCACAAGUGAAGUGUAUGGUGAUCCUUUGCAGCAUCCUCAAGUUGAAACUUAUUGGGGCAAUGUUAAUCCCAUUGGUGUCCGGAGUUGUUAUGAUGAAGGAAAGAGAACAGCUGAGACUUUGGCCAUGGAUUAUCAUAGAGGACUUAACGUUGAGGUUAGGAUUGCUAGGAUUUUUAACACAUAUGGACCGCGUAUGUGCAUAGAUGAUGGUCGCGUUGUGAGCAAUUUCGUCGCACAGGCAUUGAGAAAGCAACCAUUAACUGUUUAUGGAGAUGGGAAGCAAACUCGAAGCUUCCAAUAUGUUUCUGAUUUGGUAGAAGGAUUGAUGAGGUUGAUGGAAGGAAAUCAUGUAGGUCCUUUCAAUCUUGGCAACCCUGGUGAAUUUACCAUGCUUGAACUAGCUAAGGUAGUACAAGAAACAAUAGAUCCAAAUGCAAAGAUAGAAUUUAAGCCAAACACAGAAGAUGAUCCCCACAAAAGGAAGCCAGACAUUUCAAAAGCAAAGCAACUUUUAGGAUGGGAACCAACAGUCUCCCUUCGCCAAGGAUUACCUCGCAUGGUUGAUGACUUCCGACGACGCAUAUUUGGCGAUGAUAAGCUCGAUUCUGGCUUAUAGUAAAUAGUACUAUACUAUUAUACUCUUUCCAUAAUUUGGUUAUGGAUGAAAGAAAGAUGACAAGUUGAAGAUGAAUACGUACAAUUACUUAUAUACGUUAUAUUGACUAUACUUUUCUUUC